GUCUCUGGCCCUCUUUCUGCCCUGGUUGCGCCCAGGCGUGUUGGCGAACAGCCCCCAGGACGUCCUGUGUGUGUCUGCCAGAUAAUGAUGUUUGAACUGAACUACUAAGGAUUCUGAAAUCAAAACUUAUACUAUUAAUAAUGGCAGGAAAAUCGUCUCUUUUUAAAAUAAUUCUUCUUGGAGAUGGUGGAGUUGGCAAGAGUUCUCUUAUGAACAGAUAUGUAACCAAUAAGUUUGAUUCCCAGCUCUUCCACACAAUAGGUGUGGAAUUUUUAAAUAAAGAUCUGGAGGUGGAUGGACAUUUUGUUACCAUGCAGAUUUGGGACACAGCUGGUCAAGAACGAUUCCGAAGCCUGAGGACACCAUUCUACCGAGGUUCUGACUGUUGCCUGCUUACAUUUAGUGUUGAUGAUUCACAAAGCUUCCAGAAUCUGAGCAACUGGAAGAAAGAGUUCAUAUAUUAUGCAGAUGUGAAAGAGCCUGAAACCUUUCCUUUUGUGAUUUUGGGCAACAAGACUGACAUAAAAGAACGGCAGGUGUCUACAGAAGAAGCCCAAGCCUGGUGCAAGGACAACGGCGACUAUCCUUACUUUGAAACGAGUGCAAAAGAUUCCACCAAUGUUGCUGCUGCCUUUGAGGAGGCAGUUCGAAGAAUUCUGGCUACGGAAGAUAGGUCAGAACACCUGAUUCAAACAGACACAGUCAAUCUGCACCGAAAGCCCAAGCCAAACUCAUCCUGCUGUUGAUAGCAUUAAAGGGAUAGUUGGUGUGUUCUAACCAACACACAGAGGUUGGAGAACAAAAUUAGUAUGCAGAGAAGUUCAUUUACUAAUAAAAUUCAAUUAACGCAUAUUGUUUCCUCAUUAGCCAGUGGGAGAAGGGACACUCACUCUGGAGGAAUCUAUUUACUCAGUAAUGGCACGUUACAUUUAUAAAUUGUAAUGGUUGUCUAAUGUUUCUUUAAAUUAAAACAUUAGUGCUAAUAAGAUGACCAAGAACUGACUUAAUUGUAAUUCAGACAAAAACCUUGACUAUUCUAGAAGUACACUUAGAUUGUUUUGCCCCACAAGAAAAUGGAGAAUUACUUUUAUAUGUGUAUAUUUUUAUGUAAUUAGCAUUCUAUUCUUGGUCCAGGAAAGUAAAUUCCUACAAUACUAUUAAAGAUUAAAAUCUAAUGCA